AUGGCCUCCGGCAUGGAGCCAAAUCACGACCAGGCUCUCCAGAUAGAGCCUGACCAGGAGGAAGCUGUCCUCCUAGUCACCUCGUUUUACCGUCACGCUUUUGACAGGCAGGUCACUCAAUUUCACCCUCUCAAGCACGCUCCGGUUCGCCAAUCCCUUGCGCAGCCUUUCCCAGCGAUGCCCACCUCUCCCUUCGGCGGCAUGGAGCGCCUCCCCGUCGAGCUUACCACGGAAAUAUGCCAAUACCUCGACAUCCAAUCCUGCUUCCGACUUCGCCAGGUUAACAGGUUCGCUCGGGAGGUCGUGUCUUCGCUGCCUGGAUACCAAGCUGUUGCCACCCAUGGCAUGGAUACCCUCCACGCUGCUCUGCGGACGGGUGUUGCGACACGCCUGAACAUAUCCGACGUCUACAACGUUCUCUGCACCAUGGAAUGUGCUAUUUGCGGCGCCUUCGGCGGAUUCAUCUACCUGCCUACCGUCACACGGUGCUGUUUCAGCUGCCUCCGAACAUGCCCUGAAUCCCUGAGCACUGUCACCAUCUUCGCGCUCUCCCAGAUCAGCGGUGUAUCUUUCAAUCGCCUGACCCGAGUACUGCCAGCGCUACACACCAUCCCGGGCAACUACACCCAUACCGGCCAGUACUUCAAGGCACGCCGCCACGUGGUGAAUAGAUUGGCAGCCAUUGACACCCUGCGCUCCCUCGGCCUCGGGAAUGGUGUCACCGCCCACCGUGAGGCUUCCAAGGAUUGCGCUUUCAGGUUCAUGUCGUCAACUCCUUUGCCAUACUUCGACCCGGCAACUGGGCAGGUCGACCGCGGCAUCAGCUGCAAAGGCUGCCAACUUGCCUUGGAGAGGAGAAUGGAGUUAUAUUGGGUCUACAUGAACCAUGACGCUCCCAAUGAAGCGUUCACGAAGAGGGGUUUCCUGGACCACUUCCACGCGUGUCCAGAAGCAAAGAAGCUCUGGAUUGCCAGUCACGGAGGAACUAUCGCCAUCGAGGAGCCCAAAGCCACGCGUCCAGGCGCAUUCAUGAGCGAACUGGACUCCGACGGCAACCCCAGAGAGGAUUAA